UGCUGCUGCGCCAACCUACCACCCCGUCGUUUCUCCACCAGCGCACAGGGCCAUAUUCGCACUGCAGAAUUUUGGGUUCAGUUGCAGCAAACUGUUUGCCACUGUCGCACGGGUGCCGCCAACAACAAAAAAAAAAAUUGGAGAUCAAACUAACAAAAAACUGUUAGACUGCAGCAACCAGACUCACGGAUAAAAUAUACGUCGAUUUAUGGUUACAGUGUAAAGUUAUUGUAUCACUCGCUUCAGAACCAGUGUCGAUACAACACCGGACGGACGAAUUUCAAACAUGGGCACAUUUUCGGCAUGGUCGAUCUUUCUGGUGGUCUCGCUGCUUGCUGUGAAAGUCCUGUCCCAGGAGUUUGGUGACUUUGACCUGUCUGAUGCCUUGGAUGAUGGCGAUGUCACUAAAGCGCCAGCAGCAGCCACACCGAAACCCAAACCGGUUCCAUCGGGAGCAGACCUGGACCUGUCAGAUGUCUUUGGAGAGGGCGACAAGAUUACCACCACCAAGGCUCCUUCUAAGGUUCCUCCUAAAGUCCCAGCAACCAAGGCCCCGCUCAAACCCAAACCCAAACCAGAUGACACCCAGGCUGAUUUUGACUUUGGGCCCAGCCUCCGCCCGGGCCUGCUCCCCCGUGCCACCAAGGGCCCCCGUAACCCACCUAGGCCCCAUCCUGCAGGUGAUGAGUUUGACCUGAGUGAUGCUCUGGACCCCAAAAACGACAUUGGAGGGAAGGACAAGAACAAGGGACAAGCAGGUGGCUCCUUCUCGGACGAUGAUCUGUUUGACGUUGGAAAAGACAACACCUAUAACCCCGACAAAGGGAAAGGUGGACGCAAUGGUGGCCCAUCCACUGCUGAUGACAACAACUAUGACACCAUGGCGGAGACCGGAACCAUCGCGGGGAUCGUCAGUGCCGUUGGCGUGGCGCUGGUUGGCGCGGUUACAAGCUACAUCUCCUACCAGAAGAAGAAGUUCUGCUUCAGCAUACAACAGAGCCUGAAUGCAGACCUGGUGAAGACUGAUAACCCGGACGCUGUGGUGGCCACAGAACCACAAGUUCAACAGACUCUUCUGGAGCCCCCCAAUGCUGAGCCCCCUAGUGAGGAGAACGCUGUCUAACACCCCCCCCCCGCCCCCCACACUUACCCGCUCCGACACACACUUACCCGCUCCGACCUUAUGGAAUAUCUCUCUCCACCUGACACACACACACACACCACUUUUGAAUGAUAGUCUCCCCCCUUAUACCUGGCUAUACAGAGAUCGGCAGACUCUGUUUGUAAUGUAACGUUCCAUUGGCGGCCAUGUUGACGCCGCCAACUUGCAUGACAUUCUAAGGUCAGAAUGUCAUUGUGACACAACAUGGAGGGCAGUUUGCCGACCUCUGUAGACCUACCCCUGCCAAACUAUGUGUAAAUAUCAUUUUAAUUUAUUUGAACUGUUUUGAAUACCACUAAUAUGCCUGUUUCCUAUAUGAUUAUGUAGGAGAUGUUAACCUGAUCCCGGAUCAGUUUGAGUUUGACAAUGAUAGUCAGAGGACUUGCUAAACUAAAACACAUACAGAUCUCGGACCAGGCUUCCAUCUCGGUAUUUCCUGAAGAGAUAGUAUAGGACAUAGUGUAGCCCACAUACUUGUCCCGUAACUCUGUUUAUCCAAUCAAAUAGCGUAUCUAAUCGACACAAGCCCUAUGAUCGGUGUGGAUUUGUUUGCUUUGGCAUAUAAAAAAGAAGAAGUAAUUUGAACUGUUCAACUGUUGAUGCUAGAAAUCAAACGUCGAUUGAUAUCCGACCUGCACUUUCUAUCUGUCGAAUUGCCUUCAAUAUUAGUUGAAUUGGUUGAAUUCAAUUGGUUGUACGUAUAUCCCCCCGUGUGAUUUUGUACCAUUUCUACCUUCAUUGUAUAUACUCGUCUUGUCCGAAAGACACAAAGCGUUUUUUGCAGUGGUUACUUACACAGGUUCAUGUCUAAAAGCUGCAUUUUUAUAACCUCGAUGCCACAGCCUGUUUGUGCUUUUUUAGGCACGUCCUUGUCACUCAUUGUAAUGCUAGCAUUUUUAUAGUGUUGAUUUGAGGAUGGGAAAAAAAAUGAAGCAAUUUGAAAAACGUGUUUGUUACCUACUAACCCCCAGAGCUGCUGCUUUAUUGUCCAUCAUAUAAUUUGCGCUUUUUAAAGACACUGAAGAGAAAAUAGUCUCUUUUCCAAUAUCCUUAAUAGCAUACUACUUAGGGAACGAACCAGUAGGGUAUGAACCAGUGUAUUGGGUCCUAGCGUUCUAAGUAGUAUUCCAGUAUGGACAUCGGAGGGUACACAAAGGCUCUGUUCCAAUAUACACACUAGCACACUACUUAAGUUGCGUUUAUACUGUCAGUCCAAUUCUGAUAUUUUGCCCAAUUAUUGACAAAAUAUCUGAUCUGAUUAGUCAAAAUACCAAUUAGUGGCAAAAGAUCAGAAUUGGGAAGCCUGUGUAAAUGUAGCCUUAGGGAACGAGCCAGUGUAUGAGGUCCUAGCAUUCAAAGUAGUACGCUAGUAUGGAUAUUGUAGCGUAGCCUUUAAGUCUACUUGUGUGGAAACGUGUUUGUGAUGAAGAUAAUAAUACUACUCUUUGUACGUUGUAUAUCUAUUUGGUCUUAUUGAGAUAAUGCCAGUGCUAGAGAAAGUUAAGUCAAUGUGAAAUCGAAGCCUAGUUGAACUUUAAAACCUCUUGAUAUUGAAGUAACAUAAUGGUCGCGUUCCAGGCCAACUACAUUGUAGAUGUUGCAGAUAUUCCAGGGCAUCAACCAAUAGUUGCGUGCCACAUCAUCAACUUGGCGGUCAGGCAUAAGGUUGCUAUAUCAUAAUGUGGUUAGCUGGUGUGUUAAAGUCUUAUCCAAGCAUUGUGGGAUCUGGAAGGCGUCUGCAAUGUAGACAGUCUGUAACGCGCCCAGUGGUAAUAUAGAAAAUGGAAGUUUGUUUUUGUAACAAAGUCAUUUAUGGCUAUGUAUAGACUUCUGAAGUCCUUCAGAUUUAGCUCUUUGCUAAUAUGAAAGCAUAGUUAGUUAGUCUUAGGUUCUUUGGGUAGUCUUCAUACUAGGUGUUGCUGUGCUGCAGUCAGUUGCUUGUUAGGAUGAUUGGGGUCAAUUCAGGAAGUGAUUUCAAAUUUCAUUUCAAGAAUUGAGAAAAUGCACAAGAAUUCAUAAAAAUCCUUAACUGAAAAACAAUGGCACAUUUCAGUUCAUGAAUUGGGAUUUGAAAUCACUCCCUUGAAUUUACUUAAUUGAAAUGGAAUUGGCCCCAAUCCUGGUUAGGAGACUAGUAGUGAAAGUGAAGCUUGUAAAUUGCGGUGUUUCUGUGUUUUUACUAGUACUUGUUGUAUGAGCAUAUUCCUUGAUAUUACAGUGUGACCUGAUGAUCUA